UAAAAAGAAAUAGCAAAAGAACAACCAGAAAUCAAGAGAAACGAAAGCAAACAGAAUAAAAGGAUUGCAAACCUUUCGGACAUCGCUGCUGACGAUUGACCGCACCCAGCUCUGAACUGCGAAUGUUGUGGACACCGGUCCUUAACAUGCUAAUCGCGAACCGUCAUCAUGCAGAACCGCUCCAACGAAGCUCCCAUGGACUUUGAGUGGCAGACAAGAGCUCCAGGAGAUGCCACUUCGCCAUUCUACCAACUCGCCCUGAAGAACGAACACGCAAAUGCUCGUCGGACAUUUGCGUCCCCCAUAAAACCACAGACUCCAGCACCACCACGAGAGCAGUCGACACAGUCGAAGAACCUGACACAACCUUCAUUCGCAAACGUCAAUCUUACCCGCGGCUCAUCUUUCACGACUCCACGGAAACUAGAUGCGGACAUCUCGUCAGGAGCGGAAAACCUGUCAUCUCCCGAGCAUGCAGAUAACGACGAGACCCCUGAACAGCCGUCGAAAGCCACACGACGCAAUUCCCUUUUCAAUCUCUACGGUAUAUACGCUCCAGCUGCACCUAGCUCGGGUCGUGGAGAAGUACCGCGCUCAAACAAGUUCUCUAAUUCCCUGGUGAAAAAGGUCCAGAAGAGGAGGAGACGAGACCGGGAGCUCAGACACAUCCGCCAUGCUAGUGAAGACAGCACUGAUGACCGGCCGAGCAGUCGCGAAUUGGACCGAAAGCCAGGAAAGGCACAACAGACCAACCAGAUUGAAAACACAAGCCACAUACCAUACCUAUCGCGCCUCUUUACGUUUCUCGAAACUCAUCCGCAUAUCCCUCGAAUACUGUCAUACUACGCCCAAUUCACAUUUAACUUGAUAAUCGCAUUUCUGAUACUAUAUGUCAUUGUUGCUUUCUUGCUUGCCAUUAAACACGACGUUGAGAUCGCUAGUGAAAGCCAGUCCGCAGAUAUUCUGGCGGAGAUAGCCACAUGCACGAAAAACUACGUCGAGAACCGCUGCGGUGAUCCCGAUGGGAGAAGAUUACCUGCUCUGGAAACGGUCUGCGACAACUGGGAGAGAUGCAUGCAUAGAGAUCCUGCAAAGGUUGGUCGAGCAAGGGUAUCUGCACAGACGCUGGCGGAGAUAUUCAACGGCUUUAUUGAACCAAUUAGUUUCAAAGCAAUGGUACGAGUUGCCUCUACCCAACCUCUUUCGAAAAAUAAUGUUACAGUACUGACUGCGCACAGUUCUUUUUCAUAUCCUCCAUAGCGGCCUGCGUCACUGUCUCCAACCUCACAUUUUCAUUCUUCCGCAACAAAUCAAACAAUCCACCUCAUAUGCCACCUGGCUAUACGGGAUAUCCUCCGCCUCCACAUAUGCCCUCCCAACAGGCUCAUGUCAGCAGCUAUACAUCAGGUCAUUCAAGACCAGAAACAGAUAACCCUUUUUUCAGUCAUCCUGCCCACCGAAGUGUUUUCAGAGACAAUCAGGGGCCGGAAGGCCGGCCUCUGAGACAGCUUGAACUCGGCCCACCAUCCGGUUAUGUGUCUCAGGAUCAUCUACGGACCCCUAGUCCGAUAAAACAGAGGAAAUUUAUGUGAUCCUCUGUCACUCAAAUCCCGAUUCUUUCCCUUACAUUCCUUUCUUAAUAAAUGGCCAGACCCGAUUCUUUAACUUAAACUAACCGAUAGCGCUGGGCGCUUUGACAAGUUGGUAUUUUGCCUCCUAACCUCCACUGCGACAGCGCACCGAAACUUACUCCCUUUGUCCUGUUUUACUAUUCUUGUGUGUGAUUGGCUGUUCUUGGCGUUGAACAUUCAGAGUAGCGCAACGAUUCAUGAG